UGAAGCCUUUUUUAAAAGGGGGAGGUGGAGUUUCCCCUCUCUCCUGUCCCCUGACCUGAGUUUGGGUCACAGCGGUUGGGUGUUGCCACUCUCCGGUCUCCCUGUUGGUAACUCCAACGGUCCUGGUCCCCUUCCCCAGACUAAACCACAAAUCUGCAACUUUUAAGCAGGUUUCAAACUAAUUCUCCCCCAGCCAUCAAAACACUGCAAUGGAUCAGCACAAGUAUCGCACGGCAGGCGUCCAGGAGAAGCUGGAGAUCAUCGGGGUGGAGGAUGAGGCCGGGAACCCCAUCAGUGCCCUGACCAUCCUGUCUCUGCUGGAGCGCGUGGCCGGCAUCAUCGACAACGUCCAGUCCGGCCAGCAGCGCAUGGAGGAGCGUCAGCUGGAGCUGGAGAACAACAUCAAGACCAUCCAGGGCGACGUCCUGAAACUGGCCAAGGACCACACUGACACCAGCGGCACGGUGGAGAAGCUCCUGCAGAAGACCCGCAAGGUCAGCGCCAAUGUCAAGGAGGUCCGGACGCGCGUCGAGAAACAAAACGUUCGCGUCAAGAAGGUUGAAUCCACGCAGGAUGAGCUGCUCACCCGCAACAAGUUCCGCGUCGUCAUCUAUCAGGGUGAGACGGAAAUCCCAUCAGUGGCUGUCACUAAGUCUCCCAAAGGACCCGGCCUGGACGGGCUGGAGAUCGAGCCCGAUUCCUACGACAUCCCCGUCGACCUCUCCUCCGACGAGGAGUACCUGAGCGUGGAGGAGGCCGACCCCUCACGAGCUGCCCGCAUCAAGAAAUCAGUCGCGAAGAGCACCGAGACCCUGAAGGCCGCGUUCUCCAAAGAGAACAUGAGCAAAACCAAAGACAACCUGGGCACCAAGUUUCACAACCUGGGUGAGAGGGUCAUGCCGGCUGAGCGGAGGGACAAGAUGCACCAAGCCGGCGAGCGGCUGAAGCAGUCCGGCGAGCGGCUGAAGGAGAACAUCGCCAAGAAAGCUCCGAGCAAAGAGACCUUCCGCAUCAAGCUGAAGAAGGAGAGAGCUGUCGCCGAGGGCCAGGAGGGUGCAGAGGCCGAGGCCAACCCCGAGCUCCACAUCCAGGCUCAGAUCGCGGAGCCGGCAGUGCUCCCGGGGGUCACCUACACCGAGGUCGCCAUGGAAACCAAGAGGGAGGGGCCCGUGGAGGAGGCCGGCGCCACCCGGAUAGGAGAAGAGGAUUACAGGAAGUAGAUAAGGCGUCAGAUCAGACAGCGCUGACAUGAGGAGGAGGCGCAACACUGGAGGAAGCUCGUAAUGCCCAGAAGGUCUGUGAUUGGUCGACAACGAUGAUGGACGAUAUUUGCCAGAAUGUAUUAAAACAGAAGACGUGAGGUGGGUAUCGGUACGGACACCAACAACUCAUCAGAAGAUGAACUGGUUAUUUAUUAAAUCUAUUCGAGUUACUCUAUUAAAUAUUAUCUGUUAUCAGUUUUUAACAAUUAUAUAAUUUAAACAACUUGACAUGAAUGAAUCUUUAUUUCGAAUGCACGAAGAAAAGUACAGGUUUAGGAUUUGUCCAAAUUUCAGAGAUGUGAGAUUGUCAACAGGUUGCACCAGACGGCUGGAAGGAAAAGAAAUGGUUGAUAAAACUUUGAAAAGGUUGAUGAAUGUGGAUCUGAAGUUCAUGUAUUGAUCUUUUAUCUGGAUGUACAUAUAAUGUUGUACAUACUGCCUUAACUGGGAAGGUGAAAUUUGCUCCGUGCCAACGCGUCGUCAUUCCCAGGGCGUCAGAUAUCGACGUUUUGUCGCGCCCCUCAGCGUUGCAUAAGCACGCACAAGCUGCCCUUUGGCGUUAGCAGGAGACGCCUUCAGAAACGAUGUAACGUCACUUAAAAGUGUGGUGAGGUUUAGGGGAAAAAAACACUUGGUUAGGCAGUAUGAAGUCAUGUGACACGCAACGUAACUUUAAACGUAAAGUCAACGUUAACUUUCGGUUUCACACAGGACACGAACCCCUGUCUCCUGGGUUUGUUUGACCCAUCUAACCACCCCACCACCUCCUUAAGUAAACUUUGUCGCUCUUUGUCGCUUUUUACAUUACGUCACCUUAUUUCAUAAAGGCUUUCUGGCAGCCCUGUGCGUCUAAUACAGCCGGUAAAGGGCACGUUGUGCGUGUUAAUAUGACGCAGAGGGAAGUGACGAAACGUCGGUAUCUGACGCCCUGGGAAUGAGGACGGGCUGUCCCUGCAGGCCUCAGCUGGUCUCUGAGAAGCCUGGUGAGAAAAUAAAAUAAAAUGGAUUCAACAUCAGACUGGUUUCUGUAUUCAAAAUAGUAGGAAGGAGAUGGAGUUAGAGUAAACUUUACGGUGCUUAAACUCAACAUUAGUUCAACAUCAGAGUUAUUAGUCGACUUACAACAAAUUGUAAGCUCCAUCGACAUUUUUGUGCCCAUAUUUCUGUCGCUAGUUUUCAUGGAUGUAGUUAGCUAGCAAUGUAAGGCAAGGCAAGCUUAUUUGUAUAGCAACUUUCAACAACAAGACAAUUCAAAGUGCUAUACAUACAAGUAUUAAGACAAGAUAUAAAAGAAACACAAGACAAUAUAAAAAGCCAUAUAAAUGAUGAUUUAAAAUAAAAUAGGAGAUGGUAAAAUAGAAUAAAACAGAGCAGCUACAGUGCAAGAUAUGAAUAAAUAGUCCAAAGUUUAAUUUAAUAAUGUUUAACAGAAAAAUGUGCAGCCUUGUUUUAAAAGAACAGAAAGAAUGUAAAAAGAUGACGUAAGUUUUGAUUGGUCAACCAGCUGGUGGAAAUAGCUGUCAGUGAACGCUAUGUGGACGGAGAUUCAGGGAUCUGGAACAGGCUUUACACUUUGUUCAAUAGUCAAUGAAAACUGAAUUUGAAGGUGAGCAAUGGGUAAAUAAGGUCACUUGAAUUAACCUCUUUAGUUUCCCCUUAAGUGUCUUUAAUUUUGACAAACCUUUAAUGUCGCAUAUAUGUUUUUUAUAUCAUCAUGUUCCAUAUUUCCACUGAGUGAAAUAUUCAAAGUCAAGACUCCAUGUUUUUUUUUUUUUUAUAUAUAUCAUAUGGAAAUAUUCAACAUGUCUGCUUUAUAAUUUCAGACACCUUUCCCCAAAAUUCAGCCUGACACAUUUGGUAUCUUUGGAAACUGUGGAUUUAAAGAAAGUUACGUGGGUUUGACUAAAGCUUGGCCAAUCAACAUUAAUUUGCUAAAAUCUUUACCCAGUGCAGCUUUAAGUUUGAGCAGCACAGUAGCCAGUGAUAAAACUUUGCAUGAACUUUAAAGAAACACAGUCCCUUAUAACUAGAUGUGACACAAAGCUUAUUUUGAUUGUCAUAUUUUAGACAUUAGACUGUAAUUACUCUUCUGAAAGUGAAUGUAGUGGAUUUAAGGCGCUCUGAGACAAGGUGUUGGUGGCUUCAAAGCUUUUUGAGCACUGCUGAAUUUUGGCGUAUGAAUGUUUUAAAUUUUUUUUUCUUCACUUUUGCUGCUUGAUAUUCAUAGUUUCUUUUGAAGUUCAGUGAGCAUACUGACUUUAUUCUCCUGGAGUGAUUAGUGAGGUCACAGCUUUCAUCAGGAUGUUCAGUCAUCAGACACUCUUCAUAUUAUCUGCUGUUGCUUAGCUUAUUUAGUGCUGUCAUUAUAUAUUAGUACAGUGUCUUAUUCUGAAAACUACACCUCCUGUAUAGCUUUAAACUUCUGUUUCUGUAUUUAUGUUCCUGUAUUGCUGCUGGUGAGUUAAACUGUGUUGAUGGUGAACUUCAUGCAGUAGAUUUAAAGUAUUUGGUUUGAACAUUUUUAACAAGGUUUCAUCUCUCGCAUAUAUCACACUUUUUUCAUUUUUGAUUACAGCUCAGUUUCCAUAUUGUGUUUUUACAAUCAUCUCAAUCCAGUUUUAAUACUUUACAAUGAAAAACAGCUGAUUGAGGACCUGCAGUUAUUUUGGCUUUCUGUAUAAGCAGCUCCAGAUAUGAAUCGUUCUGUUUUGUUUUUGUAUAAAUAAAGUUCUCAUGAAACCUG